AUGUCCUCAUUGUGUUCCGAACGAAGACAACUAAAUGAACAUUCCAUUUUUAUUUCGUUGCUCAUAAUUUUCAGUUUGGACUAUACCGAGUCGGUUUUUCGCAAAGAGUCUGGGCACGGAGAACUCAAGAUGUCUCGACAGACCCUGUGUCAAACACUACAACUGCGUCCCGUUGUAAAUGUGAAAGCGUUGCGUGGUCUUAAUUCCACGAAAGACCAGUCCACUCAACCGGAUCUUCCUGUAGACAGACCCAUACCUCUGUUGUGUUAUUUAAUUGGCGCUCUAAAAGAGCGUGACAGUUCAGCCAUUCAAUCAGGGGAGUCUUCACAACCAACAAUUCGUUCCGGCAUCCUGGAUACUCGUGCCAUUGUACCCAAUGACUGCAAAUCAGAACGACACCAACUUUUGUCUGAACUCCUGAAUGCCGACGAGGUGUACGGCAAAACAUUUGAUCCAGAUCAACCUGAAAGCUCCGAAAGUGGUAGACUCUGA